UUCCCCUCAGCUACAAGUGAAGACAGCAUCAGAAAGAGCUGAAAUCUAUUAAAGAGGACAGUGAGAACAUGAGUGAUCCAAAACCCUGCAGAAUGAAACACACUGAAGAACAAAGAGACCCGAUGGAAGAGAACGAGGAGAGUGAAGAGGAGGAGGAGAGUGAAGACCUGAGUGAAGAACCGAGUGAAGAGGAGGAGGAACAUCACGUCAAACCUGGAGAAAAACCUUUGAGGCGCUCAAAGACUAAAGAUACAUUUUUAAAGAAAAGCCAAGAAAUCUUUUACCUGUACUCAGUGUGGAAAGAGUUUCACAAGCAAACCAUAUUUUAAACUUCACAUGAGAGUUCACACCGGAGAGACGCCGUUCACAUGUGAUCAGUGCGGAAAGAGUUUCUCACAGAAACAAACUCUUAAACUUCACAUGAGAGUUCACACCGGAGAGACGCCGUUCACAUGUGAUCAGUGCGGAAAGAGUUUCUCACAGAAACAAACUCUUGAGCUUCACAUGAGAGUUCACUCUGGCGAAAAGCCGUUCUCGUGUGAUCAGUGUGAAAAGAGAUUCUCACAAAAACCACAUCUGAUCGAACACAAGAAGAUCCACACUGGAGAGAAGCCGUUCUCGUGUGAUCAGUGUGGAAAGAGAUUCUCACACAAACAAACUGUCAAAGGUCACAUGAGAGUGCACACCGGAGAAAAGCCUUUCCCAUGUGAUCAGUGUGACAAGAGCUUCUCACACAAACAAAAUCUCAAAAUUCACAUGAGCGUUCACACCAGAGAUAAGCCUUUCGCAUGUGAUCAGUGUGACAAGAGCUUCUCAAACAAACAAAAUCUCAAAAGUCACAUGAGAGUUCACACCGGAGAAAAGCCAUUCACAUGUGGUCAAUGUGGGAAGAGUUUCACACACAAAAGCAGUCUUAAGUGUCACAUCAGGGUCCACACCGGAGAGAAGCCGUUCUCAUGUGAUCAGUGUGGGAAAACAUUUCCUAGGGCAUCACAACUGAAGGUACACCUGACAGUUCAUAUGAAGGAGAAGCCGUAUUCAUGUUCUGUGUGUGGAAAGAGUUUUUAUCAGCACCACAUGUUGCUUAACCAUGAAAAAAUACACACUGGUGUGAGAGAGUACAUGUGCUUUGAGUGUGAGAAGACUUUUAUGACAGCGCGCUGUUUAAAAAAGCAUCAGCGGAUUCACACUGGAGAAAAACCUUACAAGUGUUCACACUGCGACAAGAGAUUCACUGUGUCAGAAAAUCUGAAAACACAUGAGAGGAUCCACACUGGAGAAAAACCUUACAAGUGUUCACACUGCGACAAGAGAUUCACUGUGUCAGAAAAUCUGAAAACACAUGAGAGGAUCCACACUGGAGAAAAACCUUACAAGUGUUCACACUGCGGCAAGAGAUUCAGUCAUUUAACAAGUGUGAAAACACACGAGAGGAUCCACACUGGAGAAAAACCUUACAAGUGUUCACACUGUGGCAAGAAAUUCGGUCAUCCAACAUGUCUGAAAAGACAUGUGAGGAUUCACACAAGAGAGAAACCGCACACAUGUAAGACUUGAUUUUCCUGCUGAGCUGAGAUGAAACUCACCCUGCAAUUAAGUAAAUAAAAUAAACCCUGGACAGAAGAUCUCAAAGGAGAAGAACAUGACCGUGACCUGUCCAAACUUUUCUCCAACAUUGGGCAAGUUGUACAAGUCUGAGUAUGUAGGGGUAAGUGGAAGAGCAGUCUUCAGGAAAUCCCCAAUGCAGUGUGUGUCAGUGUUUUCUCACACACCACUGUGUAUCUCUGUCAGGAAUGCAUUUCUUACUCUUGGAGUCAUCUUUGUCAUGUAUUUAGUAUUUCUGAAUUGGCUUUUAAUCAUUUACUUGUGUAAUUGGGAUGAUACAAUUUUACCUGACAAAUAAAAUGAUA